CCUCUCCAGACUUCGCACUCGGCGCAGCCCUCAUCACCUCCCCACGAUCCGGUCGCGCCAUCUCAAUUACAUCUCGCGAAGCUCGUCCAGCCCUUCCGAGAGCUUCCGCCUGCAAUAUAAGCAUCAUCGCCAUCGCCCCCUUCCGUGCGUCGCGUCAGAGUGCGUCCCACCUACGUGCUUCUUGCCUCCACGCUUGCCAACCAUGGCGGACGAAUCUUCACCCGCGCAACCUGCGGUGCAGAACAAUGAGGCAGCUGCGCCCGCGCCCAAGGACAAUGCCGUGACAGAGCCGACUUCGACCGAUGCUGGCGCCACUGAUGCCGCGCCUGCGGCCGCGGGUGCCAAGGAUGUCGAGAUGAAGGACGUGAAGGACAAGGACGACCAGACGGCAGAGAAGCCGUCUGCUGCUGAUGAGCCCACCUCGAAGCCCGCCGAGGCUGACGCAAAGCAAGAGAGUGCCGACGCCACCGCUCAGGGUGAGACUAGCGACGAGAAGCCGGCAGAGAGAGAUUCCGAGACCAAAGCCGAUGACUCCACAGCUCAGCUCGACACAUCCGCCAAGGGCCGUCGCAAGUCUACCGCCGGCGACAGCAAGGCCAAAACUUUGAAGAAGAAGGCCUCCAAGGCCAAGAUACUCAACCUCGACGCGAAGCCGGGCGAUCAUUUCUUUGCCAAGCUCAAGGGGUUCCCACCGUGGCCAGUCGUCAUCUGCGCAGAGGAUAUGCUGCCCCAGAACAUGCUGAGCUCGCGCCCAGUCACAGCGGCUCGUGAAGAUGGCACAUACCGCGACGACUUCGCCGAUGGUGGCAAGAGAGCCGCUGAUCGGACCUUCCCGGUGAUGUAUUUGUAUACCAACGAAUUCUCCUGGACUCCCAACACGGAUCUUAGCGAACUUGACCCAGAGACCGUUGCCGACAUGGUGACAAGCAAGAUGCGCAAGGAUCUGCAGAAGGCGCACGAGCUUGCGGCCGAGAACAACGAUCUUCAAUAUUACCGCGAUCUCCUACAGAAGUUCGAAGAAGAACGCGAGCAGGCCCUCCAGGAAAGGGAGGAGAGAGCUAGGGCCAAGGCAGCCGCCGCAGCCGAGAAGAAAGCCAAGGCCUCCGCGAAGACAGCGAAGACACCCCGGAAGAGCAAGUCUGGCGUCGAUGAAGAUGGCGACAUGGACAUGGCAGACAUUGGUGAUGAUGAUGAGGCAGUGCCCAAGUCAAAGACGAAGAAGCGCAAGGCAGAAGAUGCCAGUGAGACGCCUCAACGAUCGGACUCCGUCAAGAAGCCGAAAAUCAAGCUUACAUCGUCUUCGACGCCGAAGGCUAAUGGUGUGGCCUCGCCAAAGGACGCGUCGUCCAAGACCCUCAAGGUCAAGGCAAAGCCCAAGAAGGUGGAGACUCCCAAGGAGCCUGAGCUCAGCCCCGAGGAAAAGAAGGAGCGAAAGCAGAAGGAGAUCUUGUUCCUACGUCACCGCCUUCAGAAGGGCCUCCUGAAUCGGACUGCGCCACCCCAAGAAGAAGAGAUGAAGAGCAUGUCCGAAUUCUUGGGCAAGUUGGAGACAUUCCCUGAUUUGGAGGCAGAUAUUAUUAAAGCCACCAAGAUCAACAAGGUGCUCAAGGCGAUGCUCAAACUCGACUCAAUCCCGAAGGACGAGGAGUUUAAGUUUACGCCUCGCUCCAAGGCGCUCUUGGACAAGUGGACAAAAAUCCUCAAUGCGGCUGAGGCUAGCACACCAGUGCCCACGAGCACGACCAACGGUGUCAAUGGAGAGAGCAAGACGGCCACCUCGAAUGGUGUCAAGGAAUCCUCCGCCGAUGCCGCGGACAAGCCUGACUCGGGCGCACCGGCAUCCAAGACAGCGGCUCCUGAGGAGAGCACCAAGAGCUCCGAGUCAACCAAAGAGGAGGCUCCUGAGGUCAAGGGGGCUGGAGACGAGACCAAGACUUCAUCAGACGCAGCUGCCGGUGCGGUCGAGUCUACAGCGUGAAGCACCAAGCGAUCGUGUCGGUACGGUAUGCGGCUGUGAAAUAAUCUUGUUUUCUAUGAGGCGUUCACGGCGGAUGUUUUUGCAUUUAUCGAUAGUAUGCCCGGCUUUUGAGGCAUCUGGUCAUUGAGCAUGAUAAAGAUCAGAUUGCCACGGCAGGCAAAAAGCGCAUUUCUGGUGGGGAGGGGGAGCUCUUGAUCUGUAAAGAUACGGACUGGCUGCGAUAACGCGGCCAGCCAGGGAAUCACUUGGUGCUACACACGAUGACGGGGGAAGGUUGCUUUUCGCUGGUGCAACGAGAAUCAAUGAGGAGAAGCACCGUCCAUCUCGCUGGAGAACUUCGUUACAACUGCUUUAGGAGUUUUUGGAGGAUGUCGAAGCAGUCACGGGUAGUGCAAGACACGCUCAACUUCGUAUAGGUCAGAAGAACACAAAGAUAGUGAUAGUCCUUA